UGGAAGGUGUCGAGAUGAGGUGCUGUGUCCCCACUGUUGUCCUGGCAGUUCUGCAGCUCUGCAGUCCAGCACUGUCUGGUCCACUGCCCCACAUCUCUCUGCUGCAGGAAGGCAAAGAACACCCAAGCAAGUCAUGGCUGAACCCCUCCCUCGAAAAUGUGGUCCCGUCCCGUAGAGUCAGCAACCCUCCAAUUACCGGGGAGAUGAUAGAAACCAAGAAGACUUCACACUCUUUGCCCAUGUUUAGCGAACAUGUCAACCUCAAAUGGGUCACAUGGAGUGGAUCCCUCCCGAACGGUGCCGUCGCCAUCUUUAACGGCUACACGGAGCGGACCGACUAUGUGUGUAAAGUCAACUGUGAGGCUGGUUUCUACACUCCCAGUAAAGGAGCCUUCUGCCAGUACCCCUACGCCGACAAAGAGUACGCUUCCUCCAAGUUCGAAGUGCUGGUCAACGUGGACCACUUUGAGUUCCUGAUGUGGGUUGAAGAUUCAUAUGGUUCGGUUCCUCAGUAUGCCAUCAAAACCUGCCCCAAUUCAGACAUCUAUGUGGGGAAAAACAAGUACGGACUUGGUAAAGUUGUGACCCGACAUGAGGCGUUCUUCCUGCCGUGGGAGGGUGAUGAGUACUGGUAUAAGAAGUACCAGGUUCUUGCCAUCAACAGGGACAGCUACAGCCAGCACAUCUCACACGUGGAGUACGCCAUCGACCAGAUGAAGCUGUUCCAUCAUCCUCCAGAGGCCCUGAAGCUCACCAAGGUCACCAACCUGGAGUGCCGCGAUGUGGAGAAGAUUGUAACGCUGGAGAAGACCACCACGAUGGAGAAGACCUGGGACAUUGGCAGGGAGACCCGGAAUGGUUCCGUGUCCACCAUGACAGCCAAAGUGCCGAUCCUCGGACCGGGGGACGUGGACUUCACCAAGGAGCAGACUGUGACCUUCUCAGAGGGGACCACCACGGUGGAGUCCAUCAGUCACACUGUGUCUGUGGAGCUGACGGUCCCGCCGAACCACUCGUGUGCCGUGAGGAUGGAUGGCAGGAAGAUGACGGCAGACAUCCCGUUCACAGGACGACUGAGCAGGACCAACCACAACGGAGACACCCACUGGACGUACAUCACCGGCACCUACGACGGCGUGAGCGUUGGGGAGAUCAGUGCUGUGGUGGAGAGGUGUCAGCCGGUGACGGACGCUCCACCUUGCUCCCCAGCACAGUGA